ACACCGGUCAUUUUAAGCGAGGUGAACGGUAGAACAAUGUUUAGAUUAUUAUGUCGCGAUGCAGGUGGAGAUUCUGAACAAAUUCUUCUUCAAGAUACUGUCCCUCAGUGGGUUAUUGAUAUUACAGUGGAGAAAACGCAACCCAAGUUUAACAAGAUCUCAUUUUUCCUGCAACCACAUUCAACAUCUGGUGCAAAGACUCUUAAAAAGGAUAGGCUGUCAGCUAGUGACAUGCUUCAGAUUCGUAAAGUUCUUGAGCACGUCUACGAGAAAGUGCUUGGCGUGGAGAACGGUGGUCAUCCAGGCAUGACGAAUGGUAAAGACCAUGAUAGUCAAGACGCUGCUAGUGUUAGUGCUGCAGAAGAAAAGGUUGAACUACUAUGUCAAGAUCAGGUAUGUAUUUUUAGUCAGUUAAAUUGAUUUGUUUUUUUGUUU